UUCUCUUUUGUAAUAUUUUAGGGUUUCCUGAAAUCGUCUUUAUUUUCAAAAGAGACAAGAACAUGUCCAAGGUCCUACCUUGGAAACGUGAUAAGUCCUGUGGUAAAGAGUGCUCCGAAUGAGGCAUACGGGUCAUCUCCAGAUGAGUCUGAAAAAAGAGGAACAGAAUUGAGAACUGAAUGAAAAAGCCAUGAUUUUAGAGACGCCUGCGAUGGAUUGGUUUGUUUCAUCCUAGUAAUGAGGUUGUGGACUAUGUCUCUGGCUGACACAACAAAAGCACACACGACUGAGCACUUCCCCAGCCUGGCACUAGGAGGCAACAGGAGGUCUGCAGAAGGCAGAAGUAGCCCUGACAAAGCUGACAACCUGUCCCAGAACAGCGGGGCUUCCAAUGGGAGUGUGGAUUACAGCAGGUCGCAGUGCUCCUACAGAAGCCUGGCUUCCCACUAUGACUACUCAGAAGGUUUUCUUUCCGAGUGCUCGGAAGCCAACAGACAUCAGCUACAGCAGCCUCUGGGGAAGAUGGAGAAAAGGAAGUUUAACUCUUCUAAAAUCCCCCAGCUUAAAGGCCAGAAGGACAUCACAGCUGAGAAAAAGCACAUCUGGAAUGCUUCAGUUUUCAAUUCUCAAAUUCAAACGAUUGCCAAAAGAAGAGAUGCCAUGACACAUCGGAUACUGUCAGCCAGGCUUCAUAAGAUUAAAGAGCUGAAGAAUGAGCUAGCCGACAUACAUCGCAAGCUGGAAGCCACUGUCAUAGAGAACCAGUUUUUGAAACAGCUUCAGCUUAGGCACUUGAAAGCUAUCGGGAAAUAUGUGAACUCACAGAACAAUCUGCCUCAGAUCACAGCGAAGCACCAGAAUGAGGUGAAGAACCUACGGCAGCUUCUUCGGAAGUCCCAGGAGAAGGAGCGAAUUGUGUCAAGGAAACUCCGAGAAACCGACAGUGAGUUGCUGAGGACCAAAGACGCCUUGCAGGCCCUACAGAAACUUUCAGAAGACAAAAACCUUGCAGAAAGAGAAGACCUGACUCGCAGGCUGACUGUUCUUACAGCGAAAAUGGAGACAAAUGACAAAAAAAUACAGAACUUGGAAAAGCAGCUGAGGCUGAACAAUCGAUCCUUUAGUCGGCAGUUGGCCAAAGAAAACCGGAAGACGCUAGCAGCUCAAACAGCGACAAAGACCCUGCAGGGGGAAGUGAGACAGCUGCAUCAGAAGCUUAAGGAGAAGGAUCGUGAGCUGGAAAUUAAAAACAUCUACACUAAUCGGAUAUUUAAAAAUUUACAUGAAAAGGAAGACUACCCAAAAGUUUCUUCAACAAAAUCAGUACAAGCAGACAGAAAAAGUUUACCAUUUGUAAAUAUGAGACACCAGGAAACUCAAAAGUCAGAUGUCCCGUCAUGGACAGCGAAGGGUAAAAAGACAAUUGGAAGCAUUGGCCAUAAAGAAAAAUCAACUGAAAUAAACCAUGAAAUUUCUUACUGUGUGUGUAAACUUCCAAAGCAAGAGGAGCCUAAGAGAAAAUAUGAAGAUUUACCAAUGGAGGUCGAACACCCAAAACCACCAGCCUGUGUGGAAACUAUUAGGAUGCAAGAGGAGAAAAGGGAAGAUCAAGAGAAGAAAGUCAUCCCACCAGAAGUAGAGCCAAUCCCAAGGGGAAGCGAGGCCCCCGAGGUCACAGAGGCUGAGGUCCCGGCCAAGGCAGUGGCUGAAGUGGGUGGCAUGCUCGAGGCCCGGGCGGCCGAGGAUGUGGAGCACGGGCCGUACCCGCGCAAGACCCCGCGGCAGCGGAAGCACUACUCCUUCACCGAGGCCACCGAGAACCUGCACCACGGGCUGCCCACGUCCUGCGGGCUGGCCUCAGGCAGCCCACGCUGCCGCCACAGCAUGGGCACGGGCAAGUACCGCAGCGACCAGGACCUGCAGCUGGAGCCUGCCGGCUACGAGCCCUCGUUCGGCAAGGCCGCCAGGGCCAAGGCCAAAGAGACGGCGUUCCGGGACAAGAAGAACAGCCUCAUGGAGGAGCUGUUCGGCUCAGGCUUCGCGGGCAGGGUUGGCCCCACCACCGGUGGCGAGGCGGCCAGCAAGGCCCAGCAGCUCGGGCCCGGCCAGGCCUCCGCCAGCAACGCCUUCGGGGACUCUAGAGCCACGGUGGUGCGGUCCCUCCAGACCUCACCCGCAGAAGGAAACAAGAAAACAGUUAUUUAAAUACAACAGUAGCCUAAUACAUUCUGGUUUAUAUGCCAGUUACGUGCCUUUAAUCUUACUGUGUGAGGGCUUACAUAGUAUCUGUUUUAAUACUUGGAUGGACCUAGGGUUAUU